UUGGAUGGAGCAUUAGAGAACCAGGAUGAAUUUCACACUGUGGUUGUUACUGAGCUUCUGUGGUUUAACUUUGGGCCAGGAAGGUUUACCUGAAACAGAAGUCACUACUGAAACCGGGUCAUGCUUUCCUGAUAUGUGCAAGUUCCUCAAAGAGUUUGCAGCCAUGAAAGCUAAACUAGAAUCUGUGGAAACCAAUCUGAAAGAGACUGAAAGUCGGGUUCUGGUGCUUAAACAGAAAGGUGAAGCCUUGGAAACAAAGCUGAAUGACUCCGAAAGACAUGUUGUGGUGCUUAAAGAGAAAGGAAAAACCUUGGAAACAAAGCUGAAAGAGACUGAAAGCCACGUUCUGGUGCUUAAACAGAAAGAAGCAUUGAAGGUGGUUUUCAGUGCUGGUAUACUUGGGAAUGCAGCCAUUGGACCCUUUAGCACACCCAGAACCUUAAUCUAUACAAGAGUAAUAACGAAUUUGGGCAACGCCUACAACCAGAACACAGGUAUCUUUGUUGCGCCUGUUGGAGGCAUGUACUACUUCUCCUUCUUCUAUCAUGCUGGUGGAGGACAUAAAGUGCGUCUGCUCCUCAUGAAGAACAAUGAGCAUGUUCUGGAGAGCUCUGAUCACAAGACACUGAAUGAUGGGGCUGAUAACGGAGGCAAUGCUGCCUUCGUGGAGCUGCAGCAGGGAGACCAGGUCUACGUCCAGCUGCAUCCAGACACACAUGUUUUUGGAGGCAGCCACACAACUACUUUUAGUGGUUUUCUUCUGCAUCAAGUCUGAAAAAACAUCGAUGUGAUCAUUUGAAUGGCUUAAAACUACUGACCAGACACUGACCAUGGUUAGUGUUUUUCAGUUUGAUUCGCUAAUCCGUUGUAGAUUAUAAUUAAGUUGAAAUGAUCCAGCAAAACUUUCUUCCACAUUACAUGAACGUCACUCUGAGACGUCAGCGUCUCUGCAGGAAAGAGUUUUGCUAACAAAAGCAUAAAAGGUAUAAAUGGAAAAAGAAAAUGUAUCUUGAUGCAACAAGUCCUUCAGAAAAGCAU